CUUAUAUUAUGGUGAUGAAGUGGGCAAAUGAUGGUAAUUUACUUAAUUAUAUUGAAAAUAAAGCCCGUGAUGAAAAAUUCACUUGGUACAGACGUUUGGAAAUAUUAGAAGAAUUAUCAAGUGCUCUUUGCAUAAUUCAUGAUAAAAAAUUGAUUCAUAAGGAUCUUCAUUGUGGUAAUAUUUUGAUGGAUGAUAAAGAUAAAUUUCAAUUUCCAGCUAUAAGUGAUCUGGGAUUAUGUGGAGUUUCUAGUAAAACUUCUGAAAUUCCAGUAGGCGUAAUUUCUUUUAUUGCUCCCGAACAUCUGAAUGGAAG